AGGUUUCGAAAAUCUAACGACGAUGAAGGGCAAAAAGGUAAAUAGACAAUAGAUACAGUUGGAGAUGGUUGUUAUUCUUCAACGGUCAGUUGCAAUCCGAAGUUAGGGAGAGGGGAGAAGAGAAAAAGAGGGAAGGAAUGAGGGAAGCGGAGAGAGACGGGAAUGGAGGCAAAACCUCUGUAGGUGUUCCGCCAUUUUUGUUUCUCCUUCCCCUCUUCCUCUUCUUUUCCUCUGUUUUUCCUUUUCAGAUCUUCUUCUGGAGAGAAAAAGGACGAGAAGGCGGGACGAAGCCUAAUUUCCUUUUCGUUUUUCCCCCGCUCGAUCCGAGUUUCUGGUACAUUUCUCUAUCAAUCUCGUUUUCUAUUUCAAGAUUCUUGAGGCUUUGAGCAUCCUAGAACGAUAAUGGAAGCCAAGGAGCCAAUACAAGGAGUUAUUCAAGCCUCCAAUGGUCUAGAAGAGACGAUUCGUGUUUCGAUUAGGUUAAGGCCUUUGAACGAAAAGGAAUUGACGAAGAACGAUUCGUCCGAUUGGGCAUGUCUCAACAAUAACUCCAUCAUAUUUAGAAGUACUUUACCAGACCGAGCUAUGUAUCCCCAAUCUUACACAUUUGAUAGAGUAUUUGGAUGUGACAGUACGACAAAGCAAGUUUAUGAAGAAGGGGCUAAGGAAGUUGUUCUUUCAGUCGUCAAUGGCAUUAACUCAACAAUUUUUGCAUAUGGGCAAACAAGCAGUGGAAAGACAUACACCAUGAAUGGAAUCACGGAGUAUUCUGUGGCAGACAUUUAUAAUUACAUGGAGACGCAUCAAGAAAGAGAAUAUGUGCUCAAGUUCUCAGCGAUUGAGAUAUACAAUGAAGCUGUGAGAGAUCUCCUUAGCUUUGAAAAUGUCCCACUUAGACUUCUUGAUGAUCCUGAGAAAGGAACAGUUGUUGAGAAACUUACAGAGGAGACAUUGAAAGAUAGGAACCAUCUCCAAGAGCUUCUUUCCUUUUGUGAAGUUCAAAGAAAGAUUGGGGAGACGACUUUGAAUGAAGCUAGCUCCAGAUCCCAUCAAAUCUUAAGACUAACAAUUGAAAGCUCAGCUCGGAAAUUUAAGAAGUCAGAAAGUGGGAGCAGUCUGACGGCUACAGUGAAUUUUGUUGAUCUUGCGGGAAGUGAACGAGCUUCCCAAACAAUGUCGGCUGGUACAAGGCUCAAAGAAGGUUGCCAUAUAAACCGGAGUUUGCUGUCCCUGGGAACUGUUAUUCGAAAAUUAAGCAAAGGAAGGACUGGGCACGUACCUUAUAGAGAUUCCAAGUUAACACGCAUACUGCAGAAUUCUCUAGGGGGGAAUGGUCGAACAGCUAUCAUUUGUACUAUGAGUCCUGCACGUAGCCAUGUUGAACAAUCAAGAAACACAUUGCUAUUUGCUACUUGUGCAAAGGAGGUGAGUACAAACGCACAUGUAAAUGUGGUAGUGUCAGAUAAGGCAUUGGUGAAGCAGUUGCAGAAGGAAUUGGCUAGACUUGAGAGUGAGAUGAAGAACAUAAAACCACUUCCUGUCAAAGGUGAUUCUAAUUCCUUGUUGAAAGAGAAGGAAAUUCUAAUUGAGCAGAUGGACAAAGAGAUCAAGGAAUUGACUCGGCAGCGUGAUCUUGCUCAGUAUCGUAUCGAGAAUUUAUUGCAUUCGGUUGGAGAAGAUAGGAUAUUUAAGCGAAGUGAAAGCACAGUCCAAAUAGUGCCGGAAACAAUGUCGGAAACAAUGUCGGAAACAGUGCCGGAAACAAUGUCGGAAACAGUGCCAGCAACAGUGCCGGAUCUGGUUGAGCUAGAUCUAGAUCUACGUUCUGAUGACUCAAGUCUCAAGACUUUUGACACAUUUAAUGGACAAGGACAAGAAGAGAAUAGCCCUCACAAGGUUAAUCCUCUAUUUUCUACGAGUCAUGAUGAUGAUUUUCUAUUAGAUAGCAGCACUCCUGAGUUGGCUGGACCUUAUCCUUAUAACAACUGGGAAGAGGUUGCUCAACGUGUUCGAGCAAAUUCCGAAGAUAGUUAUAAGGAUGUUCAAUGCAUUGAGCUGGAGGAAUCAAACCAAACACCAAAUGAAAAUGUUGAGUUGGCUUUAGCUAGAUUGGAAGACAAUGAAGGACAGAUGAUCAGUACUUCUCGCACUAAUCAAGUGACAUCCCCACAAAGGAAGAACAAGGAGAUAGUUACAAUCAACAAAGAUUAUGUUAGCGGUGGUUUUAUGCCGAACACUGCGGAGCCGAAGAGAACAUUAAAUUGUAUUGUAAAUUUUUAUCCUGCUGAGCAAUCAUUCAGCUCAAUUGAAGCAGCAAAAGAUCGGUUUCAAAACUUAAAGUUGACCAGAAGCAAAAGUUGUUUGACUGUUCUAAUGGAACUCCCACCUUCUACUUGGGUUGAGAAGCCAGAGACGGAUAAGAAAGCUCAGCACAAUGGAUCUGAAAUAAACUUCUCUGGACUAGCAGAAGGUAGUCGGAGAAAGCGCGGUUUAAGCUGCGGAAAUUUAGAAACCGAGGAGUCACAAUCGGUAUGUAAUCGUCCUUCGGAAGAUAAGGCUUUGGAAAUAAUAGAAGAAGAUGACGAUGAUAAUACGAGUGUUCUCAACUUCGCUACUGGGAAAAAAGGAAAGAGCAAAAAUCGGUUAAGGAAGCGAUCAACCCACGGUUCGCGGCUGGGGAGGACCCCCAAGAGGGAAGAAGCUAAAGAAACCACACAAGAUGUUGGAUUGGAGGAGGAACAAGAUUUUCAAUCGCAUUCAGAUUGGCUUUUGGAGUUCCAAGGUCAACAGAGAGACAUAAUUGAGCUUUGGGAUGCAUGCAACGUACCAUUGGUUCACAGAUCUUAUUUCUUCAUCCUUUUCAAAGGAGACCCUUCAGACGCAGUAUACAUGGAAGUAGAGCUUAGAAGGUUGUUCUUUAUAAGGGAAGCCAUGUCUCGAUCAACCAAUGGAUUUGGAAGGAAUGACGCCAUCACACAAGCUUCGAGCUUGAAGACUCUAAACCGAGAGAGAGAGAUGUUGGUGAAGCGAAUUAAGAAGAAGUUCUCAGUGAAAGAAAGAGACACCCUUUACAAGAAGUGGGGAAUAGACUUGAAGACAAAGCAAAGAAGCAUACAAUUGGCAAAAAAGCUAUGGACAAGAACAAAGGACUUCGACCAUAUACACGAGAGUGCAGCCCUUGUGGCCAAGCUGCUUGGAUUUGUGGAACCAUCGCAGGUGUCAAGGGAGAUGUUUGGGCUGUCCUUCUCGCUACAAUCAUUGGAUCAGAGAUCUUUUCCAUGGAAAAGGAAUAUGUCUCUUCCAUUUUGAGGUUUGAACCAUUAUUUUAUUAGUACAUAUUUUGACGUGUAUGUAAUGAAAAUUUUUCUAGAAGAUGGACAAUGUUGUGUUGUGUUCAUCUUUGUUGAUGAUGUAUUAUUGUCAAUCUAUUUGUUUGACUUCUUGUUCAUGUGUAUAUAAAUACUUGGAAAGAGGACCAUUUUUUUCCCCUCCUGUGAUGGGGGAGUGAGAACUUUUAUAGGUGAAGGAUUGAAGGAUUAUGAACCA